UUAACUCGUCUUCAAAACUCUCUAUCUCUCCUUAUUUCACCCCACACUCACUCUUUCGGAAUUUGGGAAGAAUAGGCAAAAUUCAUUGACUUUGGCAAAUCACAUUGACUUGAUAUACGAAGUACAAAAUUAGGUCAACCCAUCAAGGGAUUUAAUUAAGUCUACUCACACCCAUUGAGCUUUUCUCACCAUGAUUUGGCCUCUUCUUUUAUCACAAUACUUAAACUAAAGCAAAAGAUCAAGUUUUUAUCAUCUCCCUGCAUUCCCCUGUUUUUGAGAUGAAGGGGAACAAUAAAGAAGAUGAAAAGGAGACGAAAACUUCGGAGAGGGAAAUUUUUGGUAUAUGUGGCCCUUUACACCUCAAUUGUGUUGAUUGGAGAAUACCGGACCAACGAAGAUCAAUUGCAGCUAGUUUAGUUCAAGGAGUAUACAUCCUAGAAAGAGAUCGCCAAGAAAAGAGAUUAGGGCACAAAGCAUUAGCCCCAAUUUGGUGGGAUUUUUUCCAUUUCCAAUUGAUCCAAAUCCUUGUAGAUCAAGUCGAUUCCUCCACAUUCGGGGCGGUAUUCGAAUACAAACACCACAACCCGAAUUAUUACCACCCAAUGGCAUCCCAAACUGCACCCCCUAAGUACGUUAUCGCUUUCCGGGGCACGGUUACCAAACCCGACACACGAAAACGAGACCUCCAUUUAGAUAUCCAACUCGCUCUAAACGGUAUAACCCGUAAUUCCCGGUACCAAACAUCACUCCAAGCAGUUAACAACAUUAUAACCAAAGUUGGUCAAGGGAAUGUUUGGUUAGCAGGGCAUUCUCUAGGGGCAGCAAUAGCACUACAAGCAGGAAAAGAAAUGGCUAAAAAAGGUUGUUACAUAGAAACUUACCUUUUUAACCCUCCGUACACGUCCGCCCCGAUUGAGAAACUCAAUAACCCGAGACUCAAAACCGGGGCCCGUAUUGCUACUAGUGUUGUAACAGCUGGUCUUUCACUUGCUCUAAAGGGUACUAAAAAUAAACACACGACACAACAACAUGACCCGUUUACUGUACUUAGUUCUUGGAUCCCGUACUUGUUUGUGAACCCGAAAGACCCGAUUUGUUGCGAGUAUAUCGGGUAUUUCGAGCAUCGGGAGAAGAUGGAAGGAUGGGGAAUAGGUGGGAUUGAAAGGAUUGCAACCAAAAAUUCGGUCGUGGGUUUGUUAUCGGGUGCAUUAGGGAGAGAAGGCGAGGCGUUACAUUUGAUUCCUUCUGCAUUUGUGAUUCAAAAUGUGAUUGUUAAGGAACAAGAUUUGAAGUUAGCCCAUGGAAUUCAUCAAUGGUGGGAACCUCAUCCAUAUUGGCACCCAAAGCUUUACAAAUUUAGGUGACAUGAAGUCAUGUAACUACAAAGAGAGAGUUGUGUGAGUUAUUUUUGUGCGCUUUUUGGGUGGUUGCACGGGGUAACUUGUAUGGGGUACUUUUGACGUCUCACACUAAAUAGUGUAUACUUUUUACCACAAGUUAAGCCUUCUACUUUUUUUGUUGUAAUUGUCAAAUUGUCAUGAUUGGAUUGAUCAUCAAAUGAAAUCGUGGGAAGAGAUUAAUUGGCUCUA